AUUCCACUUCUUCUAUCCUGAUUUUUAACUUCAGAUUUACCCAAAACUCAUUCGAUCAUUACUAUUCAUUUGGGUUAUUUUCAUCACUUCCUGCAAAAUUCAACUACAUUAUUUUCUUGUUCAUUGUCCUAGGUUACUCUAUUGGCUGAGUAGAUCACAGGCCCAAUCUUCUCAAAUAUUCACUUGGCACUCUUCCAAGUAACGAAAGAAGAGUCCACGGCUUGUGUUUUCACAGAUUAGAAGUUCAAUAUGGCAGAAACUGAGCCUAAAAAAGUACAAAAGCCCACACCUAAUAUUAAAAUCAUGACGUUUCAACCUUUGGACUUUUCCUUUAUGGACAUCAAGGAUAUUAGAGAUCUACCGAAAUGUGAACCUAGAAUUACAGCCGGCAUUAACCUUGUGAUCCACAAAAGCCAGAGUGGAAAAUGGAUCACGCAAACUUUGAAGGUGAACAAUAAUCACAUAGGAGAUAUCACAAGCAUACCUUCAGUUGUUGGUGAGCUAUUUGAAAAUAUUUCUAAUUUGACGUGGCUGGACGUUUCUUGCAACAAAAUAUCUGCUAUCCCAAAUACUAUAUGUAAUCUAAAAAGUUUGAGGAUAAUUUACAUGCAUGGGAACGAGAUAAAAACCUUCCAAGAUGUUUCAAGGCUCAAACCACUUUCAGGAUUGUCAAAGCUGACACUGCACGGAAAUCCAGUUGAGAAAGAAAAGGGUUAUUUUCACACGGUUCUUUCUAUUCUACCGAAUCUAAUAACUUUGGAUUUCACUGGGAUAUCACCAGUAGAUCAACAAACUGCUGCAUUGAUAAGACGACCUUAUAAUCAGAGCAAACGUUCAAAAGAAGAGUGAAGAAUAAGAGAAUAUUCUGAAUCUUCAACAUUUGCAACAAAUUUGAAAAAAAUCAGAACGAAAAUAAUAAUAAUAAAAAUGAG